AUGGGGUAUGUAACAAACUCUGCUAUCCUCCCAGUCUUGAUUGGGAAGGGCAGUUUGAUCAUCAGUGAUUCUUUGAACAAUAACUCCAUUGUCAUGGUGCACGAGGAUCUGGAGCAAAAAUUCACGUUUUCCAGCACAACAGCAUACAUAUAUUUGGAUGAGGCCCACAGCAUUGGAGCAAUAGGAAAAACGGGAAGAGGUGCCCAAAAAUUUGCUCGAGUACGGGAGAAUAGCAACUUUUUUAGGUUGGAACUGCAGAAAAUGGGUUUCGAGGUUCUUGGUGAUAAUGAUUCUCCAGUAAUGCCAAUUAUGCUUUACAAUCCAGCAAAAAUCGUAGCUUUCUCACGAAAGUGCCUUAAGGAGAAUGUGGCUGUUGUGAUAGUGGCAUUUCCAGCAACCCCGCUGCUGUUGGGAAGAGCUCGUAUAUGCUUAUCCACUUCUCAUACUAAGGAAGAGCCGGUCAAAGCCUUGGAGGUAAUCAGUCAGGUUGGUGAUCUGGUGGGUAUAAAAUUCUUUGGUGCUGAACCAAAGAAGCAGCAACAAGAGGAAAAGAUGCUGAAGUUGGAAUGA